UGAUACUUAGCUGUGUACUGCUAAUAUGCACAUUUUACACGGUUCAUUUCUAAGUUUGCAACAACUUUAUUAAAAUCUUUUUUUCUGAGCUGGCUUAAGUGCUGGGGAAAAAAAAAUCGAAAACUUUCAAACAAAGUGAUCUGAGUAACGACGUAUAUCAAAAUGAUCUGGGGCAUGUGUCUGCUUUAUCUGGCUGGGAGUUUAAGUGUCGUCAGUGCAAGCCCAAUCAGAAAGACCAGCAAGAUGGACGGCAAGGCUGCACCACAGGAAGAAGUCAAUAUACUGAUGUAUGGCGUCAUACAAUUAAGUGAAUCGCUUAACCAUGUUUAUGAAACCACUGGAGCAAAGAUGGAGAAAAUCCAGCAGAUUUUGAAAAGCCGUGAGGGGACUCUCCAAAAGCUGGGGACAGAGGCUGAGCAGGCAGCAGAGGUGGAGAAACAGAUAAAAGAAGUGAUUCAGUUGCUACAGGUCCAGAUGGCCACGCAACAGGCUCAGACCCAGAUGACAAAAACCACGCUGAACAACAUAGAGAAGGACGAUAUGCAACUGAAGACAAAAGUAAAGGAGCUGGAGAUGCACAUCAACAACUUUUUAUCCAUCGACAUCAAUGAGCUGAAGGAGAGAGCAGAGGAGCACUCCAGCGUUUUACAAAGUUUACAGCUCUUCACACAGUUUCAAAACCAGAUCAUUGAGACUGAGAACGAGCAGCUCUCCAAACUGCAACAGAUGAGUGAAGCUAUGGCAUAACCAACCUAAAAUGCACCACGGAUUCACUACUGCUUUGGAUGCAAAAUGUCAUCUUUAUCUCAACUCCUUCAAGUCACUGCACUCCCUUCUUACCCUGCGAUGCUGUAGAUUACAGUUCCUUAAAAGUGUCAUCAUUUUGUCCUUUUGUAGAGGCUCAUCUAGUUCUCAUGUAAGAUUUUCUUACCAUUUAUGCCUUAACAUUGAUGAUACUUUCUUUUAAAAUGAGCCAUUCAAAUUAAGUUGUUAAAUUAUUAGACAAUUUUCAACCAUUUGUUUUUUUGCCUUAUUUUUAAAAACUUGCUGUAUGUAGAAAACAAUUUCACUUGUUUC